UUUGAUCCGUCAACGUGCAACAGGAGCAGCAGAAGCGCCGAGCCUCGCCGCGGAUUCCCAGUCAGCCCAGUGCACCUCGUGUCCUGUUUCUGAGUUACAGAGUUUCGUUCCUUGAAAAGAUCCUGCGAAAGUAUCAUCGCGGUUUUUUGCCAUCCGGUUCGUGAGUUUUUCCAGCGCCAUUUGGACUCAGCUCAGCGUCAGCCAGACGUGCCACAUCCUCGUCAGCCCAGAAUCACAAUGAACUCCCUUCACGCCCACCUCCUCCUCCUGGCCGUUUGCUGCGUCGGCUACAUCGCCAGCUCGCCGGUAAUUGGCCAGGAUCAGCGUGGUCCAGUGGCCGGCGACAGCGAUGCCGACGUCCUGCUAGCCGCCGACGAGAUGGCCGACAACGGAGGCGACAACAUCGACAAGCGGGUGGAGCGGUACGCCUUCGGCCUGGGUCGCCGGGCCUACAUGUACACGAACGGAGGGCCGGGCAUGAAGCGCCUGCCGGUCUACAACUUCGGGCUGGGCAAGAGGUCGCGUCCCUACUCCUUCGGACUGGGCAAGCGCGCCGACUACGACUACGAUCAGGACAACGACGUCGACUACAGAGUGCCGCCAGCGAACUACUUGGCAGCCGAGCGUGGUGUGCGACCUGGCCGACAGAACAAGCGGACGACGCGCCCGCAACCCUUCAACUUUGGCCUGGGCCGGCGUUAAGUUUGCCUGGGCCUAGUGCUCCCCGGAUGGCGCACUAAUCCAAUCCAGCCGUGCGCCAUUCGCCAGGGAGGCCAUCCUAGUCCUACCUUACGUUAUCAAAGAAGUACUUGCAAAAAGCUCUCAGAAUCUUCUCCACACCUAAAUCACAUUCAGGAGCCAAUCUAAAUAUCUUUGAAUCCGAAUCCAACCGAACCCUUUGCACGCCCCUCGUCCCUUAAUAUUUAUAUUAAAUCGCUAGAGCCAAGUGUAGUUAUUUUUAGUUUUUAAAUCGAGACGUUUAACGGCAGCCUACAAUCGACAUAAAACUGCAAAAAAGACAAAAAAAGAAACCGAGACCGUAUGAGAAUGAAACUGGCGUGUGCAAUUAUCAAGGAAAAUACAUAAAAUGUUAUACGAAUCUAUUAUAUAUGCAUAUUCAAUCCAAUUUACAGUACUCCAAAUAUGUAUGUACAUUUUAAAGGGGCAUUAAUUAACAUAUACACGCGGAUUUAAACUUAUAUGCUUGGGGCAAUCUCUCUCAAGUGGCAUUCGUUGUGGUCGCAAUCGGAGGAGCACGAAUACUGGGUAACCACUGCAUACUAAUAUCGAUGUAACUAGCUGUUUGACAAAGUGAUUACUAAUUUAACUAUAUGAUUACGAAUAUGUAAUUGAUUUGUGAAUACAUACCUACCCAAAUAAACAUGGGCGCAGCCACACUGCGCAGGCAAAUCCA